AUGAGGAACAGUAACAAAAAAUCAUUUAUUGAUUCACCAACAAUUGAUCAACUAGCUAAGGUUUCAUACCACGACUUACACCGAGAAACUGAUGGGUUCUCGGAUAGAAACUUGAUUGGAGCAGGAAGUUUUGGUUCUGUGUAUAGAGGAAAUCUUCCGUCAAAAGAUAGUCUUGUUGCCGUAAAGGUCUUGAACCUCCAAAAAAAGGGAGCUCACAAAAGUUUCAUUGUUGAAUAUUACAAAGAUCAAGAAUUUAAAGUUUUAGUAUUUGAUUACAUGAAAAAUGGAAGCUUAGACCAAUGGUUGCAUACUGAGCCUCCAAUAAAAUUGGACCUCAGUCAGAGAUUAAACAUCAUUAUUGAUGUUGCUUCUGCAUUACAUUAUCUUCAUCAAGAAUGUGAGCAAUUGGUCCUUCAUUGUGAUUUAAAGUCAAGCAAUGUCCUUCUUGAUGAUGACUUGGUUGCUCGUGAUUUUGGCAUAGCAAGACUUGUCUCAGUCAUUGGAGAUAUCUCUCAUAAAGAUACUAUUACAAUUGGAAUAAGAGGGACUCUUAGUUAUGCUCCUCCUGUUUUAGAGUAUGGAUUGGGUUAUGAAGUGUCCAGUGAUAUGUAUAGCUUUGGAAUCCCUAUGUUGGAAAUACUUACCGGUAGAAGACCCACUGACGAAGUUUUUGAAGAUGGUCAAAAUCUUCAUAACUUUGUUGCAAUUUCAUUUCCUGGUAAUCUUAUUAAGAUUUUGGACCCACAUCUUGUGUCAAGAAAUGGAGAAUUAGGAACGGAUGAUCAAAAUAGUGAGAAUCUUAUUCCAACUGUAAAGUGCUUAGUUUCACUUUUUAGAAUUACUUAUUUGUGCAUUGGAUGUCACCAGAGAGCUUAG